ACGGGUGGGUGGUUCGCCCCUGGUCCCCCCCCCCCCAGGCGGGCUUGAAAGGCAAUGAGCCACGCAGCGGGCAGGCGAGCGGGUUGGGGCGGCUAAGGAAUCCUCCGACCGUAGAGGCACAGAGGGUGGGGUGGGGGGCGCGUGUGGGAUCCCUGCACCAUGGCGCCACAUAGGCUUAAGACGGCCCUGCAAGCGAGGAACUGCCAUUGAGCACAGCGAGCCAAAACGCGCGUAAUUACGCACGGGAUUGACCUCAUCCUUAAAUCGCUAGGGAUGCUCAGGUCACCAGAGGCACGCUCCUGGGUUUCUCUCUUGGCAAGGGGCGAGCUGGGGAACAAGAAGAUCCCCCUCCCUUACUCCCUCCCUCCGCCCCUGGCUCCCUAAGCACUCGACUUUCUUUCCUGAUUGGAGCCGGGGCUGUUCCGGGGCCUCGUCGCGCCGCGCUGCAAUCACUUCCUGCUCCUCCCCUUCGACGCUCGCCUUGCCGGGACUUGGAGAGCCUGGGUUUCCUCCGCAGGCUCCGGUGGCGCUGCGCGCCGUUUUCAAACGCCAAGCCUGCAGCCGCGAUUGGAGGGGCGCAAGGAGAAGGCGUCGCCUUUAAAAAAACCAAAACACCCGGCUCUUUGCGCAAUCGGGAAACACCCGCAACGGGAAGAUGUCGGCUCUGCAUAGAAGAGCUAGAACAGCACCAAAACCAGGAAUUCCAGAAGAUGAGCUGCCUUCCUUCCUUAAAUCAUCUUCAGAAUCGGAAGAGGAAACAAACGAAGAGGAAUGGGAGCCCAAAAAGAAAGUUGCAAGGAAGGCCAGGGUGCCCAAAGCAAAAGUGCCGAGAGCGAAAAAACCCACUGCAGCUGCCCAGAAGAAACCAGCUGUGCCUAGGAAAAGGACCAAGAAGGUGGCAGUAAAAGAGGAAUUGGACACAUCGGUGCCAAUUGCUGCUCCUGGGGGGAACGAAGAUGCGUUUCAUCUGCUGCAGCCUAAAGAGGAGGAAGAUGUCGAGCCGAGAUCUGCAGCCCGCAAGCUCCCCGUGAAAGGACGCCCAGCUCACAGCCUGGAAAACGCCGAAGGACCCUCCACAAGUGCCGCGGCAACGAAACGGAAAGUGAAGUCGGAAGAGCCUGAAGAAGAUUUUACAUUCGACGAGCCUCCUUUAAAAAAACCAAAAUCAGCCACAUGUCCUCAGGGAAAGCCUGUGAAAUGUGCAGCGAGUGCAAAAUUGGACGAAGAACAUAAAAUGAACUGGGACAUUGUGCAGGUCUUGUCGCAAAGGACUGGUGUUGAAGAAUGGGUGUGUGCGAACAUAAUCCGCCUCUUCAACGAUGACAAUACUAUUCCUUUCAUUGCCCGGUAUCGAAAAGAGCUUAUAAACAACAUGGAGGCCGAUGCGUUGCGUGAAGUGCAGCAGACGCUGGAAGAACUACAGACUGUCGCGAAAAAGGUUCAUGCUUCGAUCCAGAAGCUUAAGAAAGAAGGAAAGCUCUCGGAAAGCCUUUUGACUGCUUUAUUAAACUGCAGAACCUUGGAGGAGUUGGACCACGUGUAUGCGCCGUAUAAAACGGGAGGCAAAGGAACAAAAGCACAAAGAGCCAGGCAACUGGGAUUAGACCAUGCUGCAAAUUUGCUCAUUGAGAACCCAAGAGAACUCAACCUACACUCUUAUGUCAAGCCCAGUGUCGAAGGUCUUUCCACGGUUGAGGAAGUAAAAUCUGGAGUGCAGCACAUCUUGGCUGACAUGAUUGCUAAAGAUAAAGAGACGCUGGAUUUCAUCAGAGAUUUAUGCCAAAGGAAGUACAUUUGUAUUCAGUCAUCUUUGGCAAAAGUGACCUCGAAAAAGGCCAACGAAAAAGAUGUCAACAAGUUUCACCUGUACCAGAAUUUUUCUUGCAACAUAAAGAAUAUUCAGCAUCACCAGAUUCUAGCCAUUAACCGGGGGGAGAAUCUCAAAGUCCUGACAGUGAAGGUCAACGUUCCUGACGGCGUGAAGUUUGAAUUCUGUAGGUGGUGUGUAAAUGCAAGAUGGAGACCAAAGGCCUAUGCGCAGCCUGAAUUAAUGGAGCUUCUGCGAUAUUCAACAGAAGACUCCUACAAGCGCCUUAUUUAUCCGCUUCUCUGCAGAGAAUUCAGAUCUAAAUUGACUUCAGACGCAGAGAAGGAAUCUGUAAUGAUGUUUGGAAGGAACCUCCGCCAGUUGCUUCUCAUGAGCCCUGUAAGAGGACGGACCUUGAUGGGAGUUGAUCCUGGCUACAAACAUGGUUGCAAACUGGCCAUCAUUUCACCAACCAGCCAAAUACUUCAUACUGAUGUUGUCUAUUUACACUCUGGUAAAGGAUUCCGUGAAGCUGAGAAGAUACGGACACUUCUGCUGGAUUACAACUGUGGCACCGUUGUGAUUGGCAAUGGAACGGCUUGUAGGGAAACAGAAGCUUACUUUGCUGACUUGAUUACGAAGAAAUACUUUGCGCCUUUGGAUGUCACUUACUGCAUUACCAACGAAGCAGGAGCCUCAAUAUACAGUGUUAGUCCAGAAGCUACCAAGGAGAUGCCUGAUUUAGAUCCUAACCUACGAAGUGCAGUUUCCAUUGCGAGACGAGUACAGGACCCAUUAGCUGAGCUAGUGAAAAUUGAGCCCAAACACAUUGGAGUUGGAAUGUACCAGCAUGAUGUAUCUCAGAACCUGCUCAAAGCAACCCUAGACAGCGUGGUGGAGGAAUGUGUCAGCUUUGUCGGAGUUGAUAUUAACAUCUGCUCAGAAAUAUUAUUAAGACACAUUGCAGGACUUAAUGCCAACAGGGCUAAAAAUAUAGUUGAAUGGCGAGAGAAGAAUGGAGUGUUCAUCAAUCGGGAGCAGCUCAAGGAUGUCAAAGGACUGGGUCCGAAAUCCUUUCAGCAAUGUGCUGGCUUUAUCAGGAUUAACCAGGAGCACAUCAGAACUCAUUGCAGUCAACAGGGUGAGCUUGCAGCUGAGGGUCAUAAAGCAGCUGCAAACGAGAAGCAGGGUAAGAAGAAAACCAAAGCGGCAGUAAACAUCAUUCGACGGCCAAAUCCUUUGGAUCAAACUUGCAUCCACCCAGAAUCAUAUAAUAUUGCAAUGAGGUUUUUAACGCUCAUUGGAGGGAGCCUCAGCGAUAUUGGAAAGUCAGUCAUGCGGCAAAAUGUGGAUGUCAUAAUUAAUAAUGAAGGGCUGGAAGGAAUUGCAAAAAAGUUGAAUACAACGGGGCAAACACUGCAAAUAAUAAUCGAUGGGCUAACUCAACCUGAAGGCUUUGACAUCCGAAAAGAUUUUGAUAAACCUGAUUUCAAGAGGAGCAUCGUUUGUCUUGAAGACUUAAAAGUUGGAACUAUUCUGACAGGAAGAGUUGUGAAUGCUACUCUAUUUGGAGUCUUUGUUGACAUCGGCGUUGGUAGAGCAGGAUUGAUUCCCAUCCGGAACAUAACCGAGGACAAGCUUUCCAAAGAAAAGAAAAGGAGGAGUCUUGGCCUGGGCCCGGGAGAAAAAGUUGAAGUCAGAGUACGCGAAAUUGACAUUCCACGAUCCAGAAUAACACUGGACCUUAUACGUGUAUUGUGAGCAGUCUGUUGGCACUUUUCAUUACAAGGGCUACUAUCUUAUCACGACGAGCAGAGUGCAGCUGAAAAGAGGGCCAAUUCAGGCUGUCGGCAGCCUGGACCGCGAUGGGGAGCCUAGAAGCUCAGGAUCUGGCCAGAAAUUUGCACACUCCCGACUGUAUGAAACAAUGCUAUGAUUUGUGGCAGGGUUGAGCAACCUGUGGCCCUCCAGAUGUGGUUAGACUCCAACUCUGGUCCAUCUCAGCUGGCAUGGACAGCGGCCAGAGGUGAUGGGAAUUGUAGUUUGACAUCUGGAGUGCCACCCCUGAUUCAUGAUGUGGGAGGCUAUAUACAUGGCUACUGCAGUUUGUACGAGCCAGUAAAAAAUUGCGAAAAAUCCAAAUGGCUUUCGAAUUCCAAGACGUGAUUCUGUGGGGGCCCACUAAGUGUCGGAACUGAGUCUCAGUUUCUCCAGUGGAGGAAAAAUCACUAAAUCUAGCAAUUUAAAACUGCCGGUUCAUGUUUAGAUGCAGAAAUUCUUGAUUUCUAACAGUUUCAUCUUUCCUGUACUUGCAUGUCUUUCCUUGCAGAGAUGGACAGAAAUACAAUGCUGGAACAAUUGAACAGGCCUUAGAUCAGGCUUCCUCAAACUUAGCCCUCCAGAUGUUUUUGGCCUACAACUCCCAUGAUCCCUAGCUAGCAGGACCAGUGGUCAGGGAUGAUGGGAAUUGUAGUCUCAAAACAUCUAGAGGGCCGAAUUUGAGGAAGCCUGCCUUAGAUGUAUGGAAUGUAUUGAGCUCCAGAAACUGGUCGGCAGGUCCCACUUUUCCACUUGGCAAUUCUAUUAGGAAGGCUUAUUAGGUCUCCCUCCCCAUCGCGCACACUUUCCUGCUACCCAAGCCAACCUCACUUUUCUACUCAUAAUCAAAAGGCGUGUCAGAAGCCACCCUAGCUCUCACCCACGGUAUCAUGUAAUGCUACAAUGAUAUCAUGUGAUUGGCAGGGGGUUAUCCUGCCCACCUGUCAAAUUUGGCCCACACGGCUGAUCCUGAUAAAAGAUUAGUUCCAUGGAGCCAAAAAGGUUCCACACCCCGAUAUAAACACAUGAAGUGGUACAACCCUGGCAGAGGUUUAUUCCUGGGCAUUGGUGGUUUUAGAGUAAGCAUUUGUUGUUUAGUCGUUUAGUCGUGUCCGACUCUUUGUGACCCCAUGGACCAUAGCACGCCAGGACCAUAGCACUUGUUCUAGACUUGAACAAAAACCUAUUAAAUUUGGGAUUCCUCUUGCUUGGUUUGUUGCAGAUUAAAUUGUUGUUUCUGUUCAGCUUCAAAAAAGAAUGUUUCCUGGAUCUGUUUCUAAGAUGUUUCUUUAAAAGUCAAAGGGUGGGUGGUUGCUAGUUUAGAAUUUCAAAAAAAGAAGAAGUUAUGUGAAAGGAAGGUUGUCUAAAUCCGGGAUAAUUGUAGGAACUGCAGUGCCAACCUAUUGAAAUGAGAUUUGUAAUCAACAAAUGCAGAUUUUUUUGGUAUAUAUUUUUAGCUGCAGGAUAUAAUAAUUAUUUUUUAAUUUACUUUGUUGAUGAACAACAUGGAAAUGUUUUCAUCAAGACUAGAAACUUUGUCCAAUGGUAUCUUUUGAAAAUCUUUUAUUAAAAAAUGUCAACUUUAUUCUUUGCUUGAGUGUUUCCCUCCAUUUGUUUCAUCAAUUUGUUUGUUUCAUUUAUAUAACACAUUUUUCUUCCAAGGAGCUGAACCUGGCCUGUACUUGGUUCUCCUCCUCACCAUAGCCCUGUGAAGUACAAGAAAGAUCUUUUACAAGAAAGAAGAUUCCACCUAAACAUUAGGAAGAACUUCCUGACAGUAAGAGCUGUUCGGCAGUGGAAUUUGCUACCAAGGAGUGUGGUGGAGUCUCCUUCUUUGGAGGUCUUUAAGCAGAGGCU